AUGGGCAGUUCUGUCUCCGGGGAUCUAUGUGAACUAGUAAUCAGAGAAUUAGAAAGAAAAAUACUUCCGAAUUUCCUCCAAAACAUCAUAAUUUACAAACGAUACGUUGACGACAUCAUUGUUCUCUGGAGAGACUCUCCGAACAUCACCCAAUUCGUGGAUCAAAUGAACGACAAUCCAUAUGGUCUUACCCUGGAGGUCGAACAGCACAGCAAAUCAUCGGUGCAUUUUCUGGAUUUGAAUAUUGACUUUGGAGGACUGAUCAUACACACCUUCGUGUAUCGCAAACCAUCAGACAAUCCAACUUAUAUCCUGGCAGACUCAUGUGACCUUGUCCAAUACAAGAUGGCGGCGUUCAGGGCUCUAGUUAAAAGGGCACACUCACACUCUUCUACUCAAGAGGUCUUAGAACAGGAAAUACAAUACCUAUACGAAGUGGCCAAACAGCAUGGAUACCAUAACAUCAUACAAAAAUGUCGCAACGGUUUGGAGAAACGAUGUCUCCUUCUAAAAGAAUUAAUUCAAUAG